GUAACACCAACAACUCUUGCAACAUCACCUUCCACCCUCCAAGUCAUCACUGUCACAGGAAAUGACCUUGGUCGUGAUGAAGACAACAUUUUGAAUAUCACUGUAAACAACCAAAUCUGUGACAUCAUCGAGGGCUCAUUCAACGUCUCUAACCAAAGUGUGAAGUGUGAGGCUCCAGCAUGUAAUGUGGACAGUUGUAGAGAAACUGUUGUAAUGGUCAAUUCAAAUGCAGGUGUUAGCAGUGCAUUUAAAGGAUUAACGUACCAGAACCCAAGAAUUACAGAUUUUACACCAAAGAAAGGUAUAAUGUCUGGUGGUACAAAUGUAAGCAUUAUGGGAGAUUUUUUGAUGACUGGUUUAUCUCAGCAAGUCAAGAUAGGAGAUGCAAACUGUGAUGUCAAAAGUGUGACUGACACAAAUAUUAUCUGCACUACCACAUCAUCCAGUGUAAGCGGAGAUGUGUCUCUUACAGUUUAUUUUGGAAAUGUGAGCAGGAAUUCCUCUGAAAUGUUCAGAGUCACCUCUAACCCGAAUGUUACAAGGAUCUCGCCCUCAAAAAGUAUAUGCUC